GCGCCCCGCGCCGCCCGCCGGGUGCAUGCAUUGUGAGCCCGACAUGGUCUGCGAGACGAAGAUCGUGGCCGCCGAGGACCAUGAGGCGCUGCCGGGGGCCAAGAAGGACGCGCUGCUCGCCGCCGCCAUGUGGCCCCCGCUGCCCGCCGCGCCCCCGCCGGAACCGCAGCCGGAGCCGCAGCCGCAGCCCCCGGGCGGCGCGGGGGGCGCGGGGCCCCCGGAGGGGCGCGGCGUGCACAUCCGCGAGUUCCGCGCGGCCGAGCAGGAGGCGGCGUGCCGCAUCUUCUACGACGGCAUCAUGGAGCGCAUCCCCAACACGGCCUUCCGCGGCCUGCGGCAGCACCCGCGCGCGCAGCUGCUCUGCGCCCUGCUGGCCGUGCUCUGCUGGGCCCUCACGGGCUCGCUGCUGCUGACCUGCCUGGUGCCGGCGGGGCUGCUGGCGCUGCGCUACUACUACAGCCGGAAGGUGGUCCUCGCCUACCUGGACUGCGCCCUGCACACGGACAUGGCGGACAUCGAGCAGUACUACAUGAAGCCUCCCGGCUCCUGCUUCUGGGUGGCCGUGCUGGAUGGCAACGUGGUGGGCAUCGUGGCGGCGCGGGCCCACGAGGCGGACAACACCUUGGAGCUGCUGCGCAUGUCCGUGGACUCGCGCUUCCGCGGCAAGGGCAUCGCCAAGGCGCUGGGCCGCAAGGUGCUGGAGUUCGCCGUGGUGCACAACUACUCCGCCGUGGUGCUGGGGACGACGGCCGUCAAGGUGGCUGCCCACAAGCUCUACGAGUCGCUGGGCUUCAGACACAUGGGCUGCAGUGACCACUAUGUGCUGCCCGGCAUGACCCUCUCGCUGGCCGAGCGCCUCUUCUUCCAGCCAUGGCCCCCUGCCCGCCCAUCCUGCUGGGACCACGCCCUGAAGAGUGACAGCAUGGACCACCGCAGGCCCACGCCGCUGCCCGGCCCUGGGUGGCAGGGCUCCUGGCCCACAGCCGUCAGCCCCGGCCCAGCCUUGCCCACCAAGCACAGAACCUCUGUAGUGAGGCCCUUGCCCAGCAGAUCGCUGGCCGCUGGCCCGGCUCUGGCUCAGCCAUGGGUCCCCAGGAGGCGUGGCCUGCUGGGCCAGCGGCCACUGCCCCUCAGGCCUCCGCUCUGUGCAUGCUGAGCACGUGGCUGGCUGCAGCAUGCCGCAUGCCCACAGCUCCCGCCCGCCCGGCUGCCUGCCCAUGGGGCCCAGACUGGGGAGCGUCCCUGCCCGCCUGGAGCCAGCCCCGGAGCCACCUGCUUGCAGGAGGCCUGUCUCAAGAGCCCUCGCUUCACCUGGUUCCGCUUUGCUUUGACACCCAAUCGCCUUUCCCUUUGGUCCCCACCCCUCCCCUGCCCAGGCUUUGCUGAUUGGCGUCACCACCAGGUGUGGUUCCCAUAGCAACCUGCUGCACAGCCUGGGUCAGAGCCCUGCAGGGGAGCAGGGUGGGGAGCCCCCCCUCGCCCCCCUAGACCUGGCCUCAGCCUGCCCUGUGAAUAUGAGCCCAGCCGCUGCCACCACCACAGCCCACAGCUUCCCCUCGCCUGGAACCGACCUGUUUUUUUAAUAAGUUAUUUAGACAGAAUAGCACUCUGCAUGCCUGUAAUUCUCGGGACAAACGGUAGUUGGCGCCCUCACACGCACCCCUGUGUGGUCUAGAAUAGGCGCUAGUUCCUGCCCAGUUUGGUCCGGGUGGGUGGGGGGCUUCAAAAUUUGGAGUCAGGAGGGAGCUCCUGAUUAGCAUUUCCCCCAAAGAGCUUUCCUAGUUUGUGAGGAGGCUGAGGCCCCUGUCCAGCUCGGAUGUGCCGCUGCCUUUGGGAGGGACCAGUGGGCCCUCCGUCCAGCUUGGCUGGGGGCCUGGACGCUGGCGCUGCUUGGCCUCCUGAGGUUGGGGCUGGGGCCGUCGGGCAGGGUGGCCCCGGGCGGGGACGAGCAGGUGGUCGGCAGUGGCCGCACGUCCAGCUGCGAGCCUGGACCCGCCACCGAGACCCCUUCGCUGGGGGCUGGGAGGAAGGGACCCACGUGGGCCGCGGAGGGGACGUUCCUAAAGGGGCUUUGGAAGUGAGCGAGCGAGCAGGGUGCCCGGUUUCCCCGGUGCCUGUGUGCUGUGGCGUGAGGCGUUGGCGGAGCACUGUACAGACCCCGCUCUCCCCUGUACAUACCCCGGAGGCCGGCCCCACUCGGGGUGGGAGUUUUGUAGACUGUACAGAAAUCGGCACCCUAUUUUCUUGCAGCUCAGAUUUUGUUAACCUGGAUUAUACAGACAGACGUAAAGCGUUUUAGCAAAAUGGAAAAGCUGUGCCUUUCUCCUUUCUGUUGGCUGGGUUCUGGCUGGGAGCAGCCUCCGCAGCCAUGGGGCCCGGUGGACGGGAGGGCAGGUGGUGGCCGCGGGUCAGCGUGGUGGUCGAGGUGG